AGGCAUUGGCGCUACAUAUCGUCUUUCCAUGGACCAUGGCUUCAGCUGCCCCCCGAGAUCCUCGAGACAAUGGCCAAUUUCAACUACAACACGCCCCGGCCCCGUCCCAUAGACCCGGCCGUCUUCUUUGAUCUGGUCAAAAUCAGGCGCCUAGUCGAUGAGGCCACAGAUCUUGCUGUUCGCGCUGCCAGUGGUGUGGCUACCAUUGGCCAUCGGAGCCUGCCCGGCGCCCCUCCCCAUGCAGCCGCGUUAGGUCUCGACUUCGGUUUCCGGCCGGCGCUCCAGACGAAACUGAGUUCGGAAAGGAAGCAUCGGAUGAGGGAGCAAGCAACACAGAAGCUGGUCAAGGCAUAUCGCCUCGACGAGAUCGCCUGUAGUGUCGCCACCAUGCAGAGCGCCUCGUCCCUUGAGGAGGUGGCGUCUCUGGUGCUCCAGCGGAAUGCCCAGGACCCAGAUGCAAAGUAUGUCCACUUCUUCCACGAGAAGAUACCGAGUCGCCAGCUAGCCGAUUGCACUAGCCUGGCGCCACUCAACGACAUCAUCGCUGCGAGACCAAGCGACCCAGAGCCCUUGAGGACCCGAGCCAUGGUGCGAGUCUUUAAAGGAGACUAUCAGGGGGCCAUUGAUGACCUGACAGAUGCCCUCAGGCUCCACCGUCUGUACCGGCCAGCUCUCACCGCUCGAAAGGCGUCUUUUCAAGAAACCCAGAUUUCUGAGAGGCAGGGGAAUGGCCGGAGAUCAGAGGAUGUUGUCUUGAAGGACGAAGACCAGCCCAGCAGCCUGGAGAUGCAGCUACUCUUCCAGCGCGCAGGCGUCUACCUAACAAUUGCCUGCCGCCAUGUUCCGCUUGCCCUUCCAGAGCAGCCCUUAUCCCUGCGGGACGACGGUGGAGUCGCGGGACAAGAACCAGAACUAGAAUUGUCACUGGCGGAGAAGGAAGCUCGGUCGAGGAUGGCCGAGGCAAGAAAGCUUGUAAGACACAACGCGAAGCGGGCAUUACGUGACUACACAGCCUAUCUCUCCCACUUUGAGUAUUCGCCGGAUCUGCCCAUCGAAAUUGCCGAGGAGUUCACCCGGAAAGUUAACUAUGCCGUGAACGGCGCUAGGAUGCCCCGAUCACCAAGUUAUCCUCCGGGCUCUCGCUCCCCUGCGGCCGGUGAGGGCGGUGCCGGCAUCGCACCCUACCGCAUAUAUGCACUUCCAGACCUCUUCACAUCUUCCCCUCCUUCCGGCCUGCCCCCUUAUCCAAGCACAGAGCUUGCCUCAUUGCGACACCAGCAACCCCCAUCUCCUGGCCCGGUGCGGACUACGACGGAAACCCUGACUUGCCACCCGCUCCUCACCGACGCGCUCCAUGCGCUCUUGUUGUGUCACUGUCUCAUACAGACAUCCGCCAAAGAGCUACUCCGCCACGCCUACAUGGUGGCCCGACUCGCGCGCCUCGCCGACGGCUACCCAGUGUUCCAGUCCAGCAGGUGCCCAGCUCGGACCGACUGGGUCGAGGUCCUGCGAGCGGCCGGCAACUGGAUUCAGUUGGCGGGCAAGUGGGAGGAUCUCUGUGCGCCGGCUCCCCUGCCGCUGUUCCAAUCGACCGGGAGCGGUACCGGGCAGCAAAUCCCCGUCUCGCUACCGCCGCUCAACCGGGCCAAGGCGCUGCCUACACCGAGAAACGAUAGCGCGGCCACGAGUCCCGAGUCUCCCACUGCGCCAGCGCCUGCGGUCUUAGCCGACGACGCUGCAGCUAAUGAGGCCGAAAAGCGGCGCAUGGAUCAUAUCCAGCGCCAAGCUGCCCCGGACGCUGAUCGUGUCGAAGACGAGCCCCCGUUCCACGUGGCCAUCCGGGCGCGCCAGCUGCGCGCCGAGCACGACUACCGCAUCGAGAACGCCGUAGCCGCGCUCGACGCCAAGCUCGCACGGGGCGGGCUCAAGAACCCGCCG